UCUGAACCAAUCCGCUUAGAAAGUUGCCUUUUAUGGCAAGUGUUGGCGAGUGGCGCGCAUCAGCCAUCAAUGGAUCGAGCUUGGAGCAUCAAAGCGCGCCCUUGUUGAUGAGCGCUUGUGUAUGCCCAUGACCGAAAAUCAUUCUGAUCGCCACCUCUCUCUCGAUGCGCGGGGAGUCAGAGAGGGGCCCAGGCGUAUUGAUGUUCGAUACACGGCGAUCCAACAUGUAUGACCAGUUGCCGAGAUCCAAGUCUUGCCCUCCAGCGUAGCGACAGUCACUUGUCAGUGUCGUUGAGAAGGAGCGAAGAUGAUUCAGCAAUGAGCUUGGGCUGAGGACGGAGGGUCAUAUCGCAAAGGAAUUAUUCGACAAGGAGCUGGUUUUGAAUGUCGCAGGGAUUGGAGAGAUUCUGAAAACAGCAGCUGUGAGCGCAAGAAAGAAGACGUGUCGACGCUUGAGUGCGUGUAGUGCCAGCGCGCUCGCUCUCAGUUGAAUGUCCGGAGUGCGUGGAGAGGGGCCGGUUUGCUUCCAUGGAGCUUCACGGGAUCCGCGCGGCAUAAACAAGCUCUUGCGCCCUCGACUAGCAUCCUUGGCUUGUGUAGCCACGACCAUCCUGAUUCUGCUCGGGACUAUGGCGUCCGCAUCCAUCGUACUUGCUUCCUAGACCUGUCUCGUUCAGCUACCAUCACGCUUUGCGGAUCUCCGGUACUGGGGAUGUCUCAGCUGCGAGCGCGGAUGUAAAAUGUCUCACCCCCUAUCUCCGACUUUCAACAUAUAAGGCGGGCACAGGCGACAGAGGGCGCCUAUCCACUGCUUUAACUGUUUAACACAAACCACCACUACCUACCAUCUACUCUGCAUCACAUUACCAUGUCGCACACCACCACUUAUGAUCUCCCCGAGUCCAUUGCUCCGUCCUCCUCGACCUCGAGUGUCUCAUCCGACUGCUCGUCGAGCAUCACAAGCACCCUUCGAGACCGUCGAGGGGUGUCGCUGUGGAUCUCGUUCUCCGCCGUCUUCCCGGUCGCUCCCAAACCCAAGGGAGCGCUCGGCCCGACCGUGAACAACAUCCCCCGGCGGCGGAAGCGCAGUAGUGUCGUUUCCAUCGACUCGCGGCCCGUGUCUGAGAACUCAUCGUCUCUUGACCGGGUCGGCUACUUUGCGUGAGGGGUCGGGUCGAUGGGGGGACGGAUACGGAGUUGUUUACGGUCGUGUGAUGGG